UAUUCCAGACGAUAAAAACCAAUUUGAUUUGUCGUUUUUAUGCAUUUCAUUUUACUAACGCCGACUCUCUCAAGUCUCAACCAUUUCUCAUUAUCUUUCCAAGAAGAAGAAGAAAAAAAGAAUCUCUCCGAUCAUCAUCCAAUCAAAUGGAGAGUACAGAUUCCUCCGGUGGUCCUCCUCCGCCGCAGCCAAACCUUCCUCCUGGAUUCCGGUUUCACCCAACCGACGAAGAACUCGUGAUCCACUACCUCAAACGCAAAGCUGAUUCUGUUCCUUUACCCGUCGCCAUCAUCGCCGACGUUGAUCUUUACAAAUUCGAUCCAUGGGAACUUCCCGCAAAAGCUUCGUUUGGAGAACAAGAAUGGUAUUUUUUCAGUCCAAGAGAUCGGAAAUAUCCAAACGGAGCUAGACCUAACCGAGCUGCCACCUCCGGUUAUUGGAAAGCCACCGGUACAGAUAAACCGGUGAUUUCAACCGGCGGCGGCGGUGGGAAUAAAAAAGUGGGAGUUAAAAAAGCUCUAGUGUUUUACAGUGGUAAACCACCAAAAGGAGUUAAAUCAGAUUGGAUCAUGCAUGAGUAUCGAUUGACUGAUAAUAAACCUAAUCAUAUCUGUGACUUCGGCAACAAGAAAAACUCUCUCCGGCUUGAUGAUUGGGUGUUGUGUCGCAUCUACAAGAAAAACAACAGUACAACAACACAUCGACAUCAUCAUCAUCACCAUCACCAUCAUCAAUAUCAUCUAGACAAUGAUAAUCAUCGUCAUGACAUGAUGAUUGAUGAUGAUCGAUUCCGUCAUGUUCCUCCGAGUCUUCACUUCCCGGCGAUUUUUUCUGAUAACAAUGAUCCGACGGCUAUAUAUGACGGCGGUGGCGGUGGAAACUACUCGAUGAAUCAUAAUUUCGCAUCUGGAUCGAAGCAGGAGCAGUUCUUUCCACCGGUGAUGAUGAUGACGACGAGUAUAAAUCAAGAUUCAGGUAUUGGAUCGUCGUUGUCACCUAGUAAGAGGUUUAACGGUGGAGAUUGUUCGAAUAUCGUCUCUUCAAUGGCGGCGACGCCUUUAAUGCAGAAUCAAGGUGGGAUUUACCAAUUGCCUGGUUUGAAUUGGUACUCUUGAACCAAAAAAAUAAUAAUUUAAAAUUCGAUUUUUAUAUUUUGAAAAUUUGUGUAUACGGUUUGAGUAAUUUAGGGGGCAUUGGGGGUAUAUUUAAUUACGGUUGAUUUUAUUACUGUAUAGAUGUUAGAAUAAAAAUUAAAAUAGAUUGGAGAGGUGAGGCAACAUAUAGAAAAUUACAAUGAUAGGUUAAAUAUACUUUUCUAUUUUCUUUAUUUCUUUAUAAUGUUAUUAUUAUUCACUUAAUGUAUAGGUGUUUGUAGAUUGUAUAAACUGAUGAAAACAUAUUUAACAGUUGUAGAAACUUAUUUGUAUUUUCUUCAGCUAUAUAUAACUUUUAGUA